UUUCUCUGCACCUCUGGCAUCCAAUAGGACCAAGAUGUGAGGUCGUGGGGGAGGAUAGUUGUGUUUAUUUUCUUUCAGCCACAGAUGGUUUCAGAGGCUGAGAGGCUGAAGCAGAGACGGGCAGAGCGACAGUCGGGGAUGAAGCCGCAGCUUUGGGGGAAAGUUGCAUUUAUUGCACACAUAGUCUGGCCACGAGUCAUAGGCUCUCACGAUGUUAAUGCACAUAGUUACGUUCGCCGUUUUGGUUCUGAGCCUCAGACCUGCAGACGGUUUCCCCAAUUACAAAGAUGACUACAUGGACGAGGACUUGGCCACCUUUGACUAUUACAAAGGCACGGAUGAGUUUGACGAGGGGAACAGGACGCAGGAGUGUGAGGAGUGUGUGCCGGAGCUGUGCCCGCUGCCGCUGGGCUGUAGAGCGGGGCUGGUGCGGGACAGCUGCGGCUGCUGCUCUCAGUGCGCCAACCUGGAGGGACAGACCUGUGACCUCGGCCAGAGAAACGUCUACUAUGGACUGUGCGGAGAGAACCUGGAGUGCAAAUUGGACCGGUCGGAUGAAGCGGACGGAGAGGAGCCAGAAGCCCAGUGUGUGUGUUUGUCCCAGAAACCUCUGUGUGGUUCAGACGGACAGACUUACAUCAAUAUCUGCAAAUAUAAAGAAGCGGCGUAUUCAAAUCCUGGACUCAAUGUGAGCGACGGGCCGUGCAGGACAGUCCCCAUCAUCAAGGUGCCGCCACAUAAUCUGGUAAAUGCAACCGGCAGCAGUAUAGCAUUUCUCUGCGAGGUGUUUGCAUUUCCCAUGGCGCUAGUGGAAUGGAGGAAAGAUGGAAAAGAGGUUAUUUUACCUGGUGAUGAUCCGCACAUAUCUGUUCAGUCACGAGGUGGUCCUCAGAAGUAUGAACUUUCCAGUUGGCUGCAGAUUGAAGAGGCCAGUCAGAUGGAUUCUGGCACAUACAGGUGCAUCGCUCGAAAUGAGCUUGGUCACGUCUCAGCCACAGCAAUUUUAGGAGUCCUGCCACCAGAUGAGAUGUCUGCCUAUUUGGAACAAAACAAGAAUGAAAUGAUGAACUAUGGCCAAUUACAGGACUAUGACAGGGAUUAUUACUAAAUUUCAGAUCCCAACACCCUCAAGAAAAACAAUGUCUUUUUACUUUUAGCCAUUAAAUUUGGCACUCAGGCAAUGAAAAAAAAAAGAAAAAGAAAAAGAAAAAAGUAGUAAACCUCCAGAGCUUUUUCUACAUCUGGAUAAUCAAACAUGGAGACGGCAAGGAAGAAGCUUAAACAAAUUCCCAAUGGCACAGGCCUCUAAAAUGGAUGAAAAACACACAA